UUAGACACUUUGCUUUAUUUUAUGUUUUUGGGUAACUGGAACUUUGACACAUCGAAUAAGAAUUUCUGCCACCGUAAGGAGAGCUUUCCGACCGGCACGGCGGAUCCAAGCAAAAUCGGAAGCGCAGAGCAAUAGAGAAUUGUUUGUGGGGGUUGUUUGAGCUCAAAAGUCAUAUGGUAUGGGAGAGAUUGUUGAAGAGGAAGAGGAGUUGUUGGAGUUGAAACCCAUCAACAACAACAACAACAAUGGAGGAAUUGAGACGCUGAACAAGGUUGAGAUCGUUGUUAGAACCAUAGGCCCAUCUCGCCCAUCUCGUCUCCAAGUUCCCUCUUACAUAAAAGUGGAUGAUUUGAGAAAAUUGAUUGCUGAGAAAAAUCACUUAUCAGUUGAGAAUUUGAAGCUUAUUUUGCGAGGGAAUGUAUUGAAUGUCAACAAAAAUGGGGAUGAUGUGUAUCUACAACUCAAUGAUGGUGAUUCCCUAAUUGUUGCUGUAAAACCGAAGUCACCUGUUAGAAGCCAUCGUCCAGGACUUGAUGAUGAUGAAGAUGAUGAAGAUGAUGAAGAUGAUGAAGAUCUGAAGUUUCAGCUUCCACAAUCAUCAAACCGGUGGAAGAGGAGGCUUUAUUUUUUCCUACAUGAUAAAUUGAAGCUUCCAGAUAUCCUGUUGAUGGCAAUUUUCUCUCUCAGUCUGAAAGUGUGGGUUCUUAUCCUUAUUUGGUUUAUUUUGGCACCCGUUGCCCAUAGAUGGGAUCUUGGUCCUUUAUAUAUACUCGGAACAGGCUUUGUUAUUAUCUGCCUGAAUCUUGGAAAACGGCAACCUGGUGAUGUCAGUGCAUAUUCUAUUUUCAAUGAAGACUUUAGAGAGCUUCCAGGAACGCUUAACGCAGAUCAUCUUGAUAGGGACAUAAGGGCAGGUCAGUUUUGAGCCUGUUGCACCAUUUAUUGUCACCUGCUUUAUUUUGAGGCUGUCGGCUCAAUUACAUAGAACUUUUGGCUUUACGCCUGCAAAUGUAGAAAAGGUUUUAUUAUAACGUACAUAUAGUCACUGUGUAUUUUAUAAGUUCUACUAGUUUAUUUCCCUGCUUAUCUUUCCUCAACAACUAAAAGCUGUAUGUUGUUUAUCCACAUAGCAUUCGUUUUGCUAUGAUAUUCUGAGGAAUUGAAACCAAGUUUUGGAAACACUUUUCCCUUUC